UAAGAACACAGCACAUGCCCUUUUCACUUAAAGACAUUCUUUAUUUGAUAUUUUUAUAUACAAUAUUACCUUUCAUCUGUAAAAAGUACAUAUGCAGGGUACCAGGUGGGAGGCAGCCAGAAGGUUCCCAAAUCAGAAGGUUGUCUCUUGCCCCUUUAUUUCAGAGGAAAAAUAAUCUGUGACCUUGAAGUGCGUAGAGGCAGAAUGACAGUGAUAAUGACAACAGACUUUGACUGAAACCAGCUAUGCAAUAUUCCCUCUAACUUGUAUUGGUCCCCACCCUUGUGGGCAACUAUACAGAAGUCAAAGCCAGUGCUUGUCCUCCUUAUUAGAACGGGGCACAUGCUAACCUGUAAUGGAGCUCAGGUUGCUCUCAGUAUGACAGCCCAACCUGCGCUUUGAGGCAGAGUAAUGUUUCCCAAAACAUGGCAUGUGAAGGACUAGUGAAAGGGUCAUGGUGGGGGUGUAGUCAGAUCACUCAGUUGUUCUCCAGAUCAUCAGCUUUCAUUUCUUUAAAAUAAAAUCAAUCUCUAGGUGUUAUGGCUCUGGCAAAAACCUUAGAAACAUGGGAGUAAGCCCUCGUCUACACAAGGAAAUUAGGUCAAUAUAACUAUAUUGUUCAGGAGUGUGAAAAAUCCAUGCCCCAGUGAUGCAGAUAAUUUGACCUUUUCCCCAUUGUUGACAGUGCUCAGUUGACAGGACAGUACUCCCAUCAAUCCAGCUACUGCCUCUCAGGAAGGUGGAGUAACUAUGCCAGUGGUAGCUAACAUGUUCACUUAUGUGCUACAGCAGUGCUGCUGCGGUAGCUUACGCGUAGACAUACCUCAAGUGUAAUAAAUGCCUGUCUGCCUGAGUUGGUAGAGAGCAUGCAUGAAAAGACAGCAGUGAAGGAUAGCUUCAUGCAGCCUACAAGGGCAAGGGGCCAUUUAGAAACUGGGGAAGUCCCAGUCCUGAGGUGUGAACGGGGCUGGGCCAAUGUGCAACACCAAGAUGUCAGCUCGAUCAGACAACCCUGCCAGUCCCCCUGGCAAGGAAGAGGCCCUGGUUAAACAAAAGCCACCAUUAUGGGAGUUAUUAAAAUUUGCUGGUGCCCAUAAGGACACUUUUACUAUGAAGGAGGUAAUAUUUUAUAUUGGCCAAUAUAUUAUGUCUGAACAAUUAUAUGAUGAAAAAGAGCAGCAUAUUAUCAACUGUGCAAAUUAUCUUCUUGGAGAUCUAUUUGGGGUACUAAGCUUUUCAGCAAAAGAACCCAAGAUAGUAUAUGCCAUGAUUUCCAGAAACUUGACAGCAGUCAGUCGAGAAGAGAAUGAGACCAGGAAACUUGAAAAAGACAAUGUUCUUAAGGAAUCCAUGCAAGAUAUUGAUGAGAAACAGACAUCCCUAAAUUUGACUGGUAAGCCACCUAACUCUUCUAGGAGGAUGCACAGUGAAUCUAAAGAAAGUUCAAGAUGCAUGGAAAGUUCAAGAUAUAUAGAAACUUUUCAAAGACACCAUAAUAGAGGCCCAACUGAAAUGUAUACCCCAAAUUAAAAAACACAAUAAGAGAACUAAAAAAGUGCCACCGUGGGUUAACCACCAGGUAAAAAAAGCAGUGU